UCGACGCGCACAGGCACAACAGAUGGUACAGUACUACAGACCGGAGGAGCGCAAGAAUUUCAUGCACAAGUACUUUUAUUUCUCUAAACUUCAUAGGAGCGUUUAGUAUAAUAGGAGGUGGGGGGCUCUCGACUUUGACAGUUACUGGAUCCUACGUUUAGAGGCGGUAUUUGGUGUCAAGGUCAGGAGAGGCCAUGCCAUUUGGCUGUAUAACAAUCGGGGAAAAGAAGGAUUAUAACAAUCCUUCAGACGUGACAGAUAAAUAUGACCUGGGUCAGACUGUUAAAUCGGAGGAGUUCUGUGAGAUAUUCAGGGCUAAAGACAAAACUACAAUGAAAAUGUACACGUGUAAAAAGUUCCUAAAGAAGGAUGGAAGGAAAGUCCGCAAGGCUGCGAAAAAUGAGAUCCUCAUCUUAAAGAUGGUGAAGCAUCCCAAUAUUCUCCAGCUGGUGGACGUCUUUGAGACCAAAAAAGAGUACUUCCUCUUCCUUGAACUUGCAACAGGCCGAGAGGUGUUUGACUGGAUCCUGGAUCAAGGCUACUACUCAGAGCGAGACACCAGCAACGUGGUGCGCCAGGUGCUGGAGGCUGUCGCCUACCUCCACUCCCUGCAUAUCGUGCACAGAAACCUCAAGUUGGAGAACUUGGUUUACUACAACCGUCUGAAGCACUCUAAAAUAGUCAUCAGUGACUUCCAUCUUGCCAAGUUGGAGAAUGGACUAAUCAAAGACCCCUGUGGGACACCAGAGUACCUGGCUCCUGAGGUGGUUGGCAGACAGCGAUAUGGCAGGCCUGUGGACUGCUGGGCUACAGGUGUCAUCAUGUACAUACUGCUGUCAGGAAACCCUCCUUUCUACGAUGAAACCGAUGAUGAUGAUUAUGAAAACCAUGACAAGAACCUGUUCCGCAAGAUCCUGGCAGGCGAUUAUGAGUUUGACUCUCCAUACUGGGAUGACAUCUCUGACUCAGCCAAGAGUCUGGUUGCUCGUCUGAUGGAAGUGGAUCAAGACCAGAGACUGACAGCCCAGGAGGCUAUAAACCAUGAAUGGAUCUCUGGUGGUGCAGCUUCAGAUAAGAACAUCAAGGAAAAUGUGUGUGCACAAAUAGAGAAGAACUUCGCCAGAGCUAAAUGGAAGAAAGCGGUGCGGGUCACCACCAUCAUGAAGAGAUUGAGAGCACCUGAGCAGAGCGAAUCGAGGGCAGCCAGCCCAGCAGCCGGCGCCCCAGCAGACCCCGCAGCUCCCCAGGCUGCCACCGACCCCUCCGCACCUUCAUCUGGUGCAACACCUGAGGGAGCCCCCGCUGCGGCCACAGAGCUCCCUGCCGGAGUUGAGAUAAGCCAACCAGCGCCAGAGGCCUCAGCCGGGGUGUCAGCGUCAGACGCUGAGCCACAGCAGCAGAGCCCAGCACUGCAGGAGGCCGAACCCACACCGCGUUGUAAUGGAGAAGCAUCGACUGCUCACCACGCACCCGCCGGGGCCGGGGACGAGCAGGGUUAGACACCCGACCCCUGCCCCUUCCCCGUGUGACCUCUGCAGUCCCCACCAACUCCUGCACACUGUACAUUAGCUGCUAGCAUGGUGACACUGACUCUGCUUCUCUCUCACUUGCAGCAUUAGCAUCAUCUCAUGGAGGCUGUGUGCUACCUUUCCUGAGUGCUGCGUUGCAUUGGCUUUCUCUUUACAUGUAUUGUGUCUUUUUUCACUGACCCCUCUGGUGUUUUCCGUCAGAUUACAUAAACCACAUCUAUCUCCCCACAUUAUAGGUUUAUGGGCGAAGACAGGUUUGCUGUCAAGCUGUGGCUUACAGCUGAAGUCUUCUCCACUUAGUGAUAAGAGAAUAUAGGAAGACAUAAUUGUGCAGAAAACAGCUUUUAUUCCUUUUUAAUGAGCCAACUUGGGAAACUUCUCUCUGCCAGUCUUGCAAUUAUAGUAUUUGUUCUGAGAAUCAGUAGAAAAUGUUUUGCUUUUCCCUAAAUUUGGAUCUCGUACUGUAACAGAGUAAGUGCAGGCCCUCACAUAUAUCCCUCUCACAUGGGAAAUAUAUUUAUCUCUCCUAUAUGUUAUUGUCUACACCAACCAGUUAUUGUGCGUUGAACAAUACUGAGAUUGGACUGGGAGUUUUUAUGCCCAGUACUGUAUUUUGAACUAUAGGCAGCUUCACACAUAAGCACACACACAAACACUAUGUUCCUUUGCUAACUUCCUGCUCAGGAAAGAACCUCAUAGCUGUAAGUGUAAAGAUUCUGUAUAUAGAGACCUUUGUAGAAGUAGCCGAAACAGCAUGCAUUCUCACUUUUUGCUGUUCGUUUUACAUUUACAGCCACUUGGUGGAUAAAGAUGCGCUACUCGUCUUAUCGCAGGCCACAGCACUCUCGCCUCUUUGCCACAAGCCGUGUCGAGGCUAAUGUUCUUUUCAAAAGCUUACUGCAGCUACACUUUGCUGUCUUAUUACUACUGUUCAGUUAGCACCCCUGCUGUCAAUGUAAGUUAUAUGAAAAGAAAAUUUUGAAAAAAAAAACUGUCAUUACAUAGCAGUUCUAUGCAUUCAAAUUAAUUUGUAGCUUUUCUUAUUUAGAAACAUCACAGCAGACUUCAUGAUAUCUUUAUCCAUCACGUGACACAAAUUGUUUCGUUUUUCUUUUUUGUUGUUGUUGUUGCUAGUUCUCAGUCUACCUGUGUCUCCUCUGACCUAAUCCUGUCCUUUGUAUUUGGAUACUGACUCAAAUGCCACACGUCUUAAUAUUUGGUUUUAACUGUAAAAACAAAAUGUGCAUUAACAGACCACAUGCGGCUUUCAAGGGAAGACAUGCAUCAUUUUGACUUUGUGGUAACUAGGGUCAUCUUUACCAACUCAGCUUUGUUGACCUGUAUUGUACUGAAACAAUGUAUGAAGCAUAUGUUUAACAUUUCAGAAUUUAUUUAUUUUAUUUUUUAUUAUUUAUCUGUGUAUAUUUUUUUUUUUAUUUACAAAGAUUUUCAGCUUCUACUUGAUAAACAGUAAUAACAAACCAUCCUCUCGUCACUGGUCCCCUCGAGCAUUAAUAAAGAGCUACAGAAGGAGUUCUCUGUAAUCACACUAGAGGAAAUUGAGCAAUAUUCGACUGGCUGCAGAAACUGUGAUUCCUGGUGUCCAUGUACCUGUCAGUACAAGUCUAUAGUCCUGGCCACUUAACUAACACCUGGCUGCUGUCGGAUCUGCGUGUGUGUGUGUGUGUGUGUGUGUGUGUGUGUGUGCGUGCGUGUGUGUGUGUGUGCUGUGCUGUGCGUGUGUGACCAACAUUAUUUCCUGCUUGAACACACUAUUAACCAUUGGUUUUUAUUCCCUGGUCACACAGAGACAGCAGCCACAUUGUUAAUACAAUUAUUAAAUGAUAUCAUUAAAGUGUAAUGUGUCCUGGCUCGUGCUCGGCUUCUUUGUCUGACUCUGCCCAACCUCAAGAGUAUUUACUGUGCAGACCUGUGAAUUUAUAUGAAAACGUGCAUUUCAGAUCAAAUCGGGAGAAAACUGAUCACAUGUAUUUAUUCAAGUUUGAGAUAAGUUUGUAUCUACACUGUAUUUCUACAUGUAUCUCCUUUUCAUUUCUGCUAAUAUUGAUCAGUACACACACCGAUCUUUCAGAUUAUACCAUGAUCAGAUCGUUUCUUAUAUUGUUGAAGAUAAACAUUUAGAUUUUAACGAGAGGCUUAACCAGAAGAGAUUUUUAUGUGAAUAGAUUAUUUCAUGUGGUCCGUUCUAUUUGUUUAGAUGGCAAAUAAAUACUGUUGAAAUACUGUUACAUGGUUUAAAGCAAUGCUUUUUUCCCCCAAUACAUUUGUCACUAUAUUUAGUACUCCCAUGUCUGUUCAUUUUACCAUGCACUUACAGGUGUAUUUGUAGAUGUUUGCCAGGACCAGUGGUCACCUGUAGGUCCUGUCCUGCAUUUGUGAGCUCUGUACCGUACUCCUUGACUGAGUUGAUGACUUUGAUGGUAAUAAAAUUUAAUUCAUCUGUUUA